UUAAGGGCAGAACUGGACGGGGCGUAAAUUCAGAGAGAAGGACCGUACGUGGCGUUGGCAAUAGUCUCAGAACUGAACUGUCAAUCUUCAGUUCGUAUAUUGGCCAACGACCAUCACCAGAACCAAACUGACAAUUCCCAAGGGAGUCUCCGACCAGAGUGAGUGAAAUGCCCUCGCCAACGAUCGUCAUUCCUCAAGUCACUCUGUUUCUGCCUCCUCCUCGUCCUGAUAUUCAACCACCCAGAUCAUCAACCCAACGAAAGAACUUCAAGACAACAGUUACAAAGAACUUUCGUCGUGAUUUCCCCCAAAACCUUGGUUCUUUUUCAUGGGUAAAUCCACCAUCAACUACCCAUUUUUCUGAUCUCCUUAACUCCCAAGAAGAGGCACAAACCGGGUUCUCUAGUAAUCCAUUGAUCAAUCAGUUGGUCCAUCCCAAUGUUCUGGCAUCCCGGCUUCAGUCAUGUUAUUCGGUUGAGGAAGUCAGAAAGUUACAUGCAAUUGCCUUAAAGUGUUUCACGAGCUCAGUAACAUAUGUGGAUAAUAAUUUGAUCAGUGCCUAUUUGAGAUUCGGAGAUUUGGUUUGUGCAUGUAAACUGUUCGAUGAAAUGUCUGUGCGUAAUGUUGUUUCUUGGACUGCUAUUCUAAACGGGUAUUUGAGAUUUGGGCUAAAUGAUGAAGCAUUAUGGUUCUAUAAGGAAUUUAUUGGAAGCGGGGUACGCGCAAAUUGUAAGACUUUCGUGUGUCUUCUAAAUUUAUGCAGUAGGAGAUUGGAUUAUAGGCUUGGGCAACAAGUUCAUGCCUGUAUAAUAAAAGGUAAUUCAAGUAAUUUAGUUGUAGAUAGUGCCAUUGUCUAUUUUUAUGCACGAUGUGGUGACUUGUUAAGUGCAGUUUGUGCAUUUGAUACGAUGCCAAAUCACGAUGUAGUUAGUUGGACAACAAUGAUUUCUGUGUGCUCACAGCUCGGGUGGACGGAGGAGGCCUUAUCACUAUUCUCAAGAAUGCUAUUAGAAGGAUUUUCCCCAAAUGAAUUUACAGUGUGUAGUGUUCUGAAGGCUUGUGGGGAUAAGAAGGCACUCAAGUUUGGCAAACAGCUACAUGCAGCUGUGGCUAAGAAGGUUUUCAAGAAUGAUGUAUUUAUUGGGACUUCUCUGGUAGAUAUGUAUGCAAAAUGUCAGGAGAUUGCAGACUCUAGGAAAGUCUUCGAUGGAAUGAGAAAGAGAAAUACUGUUACAUGGACUUCAAUUAUAGCAGGGUAUGCUUGCAAUGGACUUGGCGAGCAGGCCAUAAGUCUCUUCAGAAUAAUGCGUAGACGUAAUAUAUUUGUUAACAACUUGACCAUGGUAAGCGUGCUCAAGGCAUGCGGCUUGGUUAGAUGUUUGCAGCUGGGAAAGGAAGUUCAUGCUCAAUUAAUCAAGAAUUUCACUCAGAGUGAUAUUUACAUAGGAAGCACCCUCGUGUGGCUCUAUUGCAAGUGCAAUGAGUACUCUGCAGCAUCCAAGGUCCUUCAGUUAAUGGCUUUCAAAGAUGUCGUCUCAUGGACUGCUAUGAUUUCAGGUUGUGCUGGUCUCGGUCAUGAGUAUGAGGCUCUUGAAUUCUUGAAAGAAAUGUUAGGGGAAGGUGUUGAGCCAAACCCUUUUACCUAUUCAUCUGCUUUGAAGGCUUGCGCUAAAUUGGAAAAUAUAGAGCAAGGGAGAUUGAUUCACUCUUCUGUGAGUAAGACCCCAGCCUUUUCUAACGUGUUUGUGGGCAGUGCUUUGAUUUUCAUGUAUACGAAAUGUGGGUAUAUUUCUGAGGCGAUCCAAGUUUUUGAUAGCUUGCCAGAAAGGAAUCUGGUGUCAUGGAAGGCUAUGAUUGUGGGUUAUGCAAAGAAUGGGUUGUGCCAAGAGGCUUUGAAGCUCAUGUAUCGGAUGCAAGCAGAGGGUGUUGCGGUGGAUGACUACAUACGCGCAACAGUUCUAACAGCAUGUGGAGACAUCGACUGGAAUAAGGAUCCUUCAACCGAGCAUUGCUUGCAUUCAACUUGAUCUGUCGUCACAACAAAACUCCAGUUUUUAGGAUGAAACUUUGAAUGAAAUUGAUCUUUGAUGGCUGGCCACAGAUCGGGA